AUGCAGGGGAUAUUUUCCAUCAUCGUCACGGUCUUCACCCUAGUGUCGGCCGUGCAAUCUGUGGCCGUCCUAGUACCUCUCUACACAUGGCCCGGAACAAAUAGCUGGCAACCAGUCUACGACGCACUAGCAGCCCAUCCAUCGACGGUAUUCUAUCUGAUCGUCAAUCCGCAAAGCGGACCAGGGCCCUCGGCAUUCCCCCAAGAAGUCCUGACCACAGCCAUCGCAAAGCUAAACAGCUACGGCAACGCCAAGCUCCUAGGCUACAUCUCGACAGUGUACGGUAAUCGAGCCAUUGCAGAUGUGCAGCGUGAAGUCGGCGUCUACUCCAACUGGGCCUCCUACAAGGGCAAGAACAUUGCCGUUGACGGGAUCUUCUUCGAUGAGGGAUCAGACGGAUCAGACGCGUCAAAGCUCGAUUAUUACCAGCACAUCUCAAAGACUGCCAAGAGCAACAACCUCAUCAUCGUCGUCUUCAACCCAGGCUCUAAAAUCGUGGCCAGUGCCCCCGAAUGGUUUGCCGCUGCUGACUUGAUCGUUGAGUAUGAGAAUACCUGGGAAAAAUGGGUUUCCGCUGCACCGUCUAAUCACCUCUCUGAUAUCAAAUACUACCAUAAGGAUGCGAUUAUGAUUCAAAAGUCUCCUGGAGAUGCUAGUCUUACUGAUGUUGCUUUCUUGGCUAGUAGUAUGGGUCUUGGUGCUCUUUAUGUCACUUUUGAUGAUAGCUAUAUGACUGAUAUGUCUAUUACUUCGGUUUCAAAGGUUGCUCUUGGUGUUAAUACGAUGUUUCCACGGGAUGGAAUUUUUACGGGAGAGGUGGUGCGUCUACGCUAG